UGGUCAGUUCUGCUGUCCGUCUGUCCUUUCUCAUUUUUGAUUGGAAGUUCUUUGAGCGACAGGCCUGGCGUGCCUUGUGAUUGGUGCAGGGGCGACACGGAGGGCGGUUCAGAACUGCGGCGAAGAGCGGCCGAGGCUGGCUGUCCCGUGGUAGUUCCUGAAUGUUUGGGCUCAGGACCCUCCUAAGCCUUGGCGUGUUCGUCUCGACGCGGCUGGCUGCCCGUGGCUUGAGGCAGGGACUCUCUCGGGGACCAGGCUUCCUCUGCCCUAGAACCCAGUGGCCAGUGAUGUCAGGCCAGGGGAACCUCAACUGUCCUGCCCCCAGUGGGAAAGCCCUGAAGUACCUGGGACAGGAGGAGGCUCAGAACAUUGACCAGGAGCUGUUCACCGAGUACCGGUUCAGCGUGGACCAGUUGAUGGAGCUGGCAGGUCUCAGCUGUGCCACUGCCAUUGCCAAGGCAUACCCACUGUCAUCGCUACGGAAAGAAAACCCCACUGUGUUGAUCGUGUGUGGACCGGGCAACAAUGGCGGCGAUGGACUUGUGUGCGCGAGGCAUCUCAAGCUUUUUGGCUACGAACCGGCCAUCUUCUACCCAAAACAGUCCAGUAAGCCUCUCUUCCAGUCACUCACCACACAAUGCCAGAAAAUGGACAUCCCCUUCCUGGCAGAAUUCCCAUCUGAGCCUGCCCUUAUUGACGAGGUCUACAACCUAGUGGUGGACGCCAUCUUCGGGUUCAGCUUCAAGGGUGAAGCCCGCGAGCCCUUUGCCUCCAUCCUGACUAUACUGGAGGCAGUGACCAUCCCCAUCGCCAGUGUGGACAUCCCAUCCGGUUGGAACGUGGAGAAGGGCAACCCACAGGGGAUCCAGCCCGACAUGCUCAUCUCACUCACUGCCCCCAAGAAGGCAGCCAGCCACUUCGCUGGCCGCUACCACUUCCUGGGUGGCCGCUUCGUGCCCGCGGCCCUGGAGAAGAAGUAUGGUCUCAACCUUCCAGAGUACCCCAGCACCGAUUGCGUCCUGCAGCUGCUGUGACCCCUCUGCUGCAGGGUGAUGUGUUUCUGUGGGCAGGUGAUCUCGUGCUCACUCCACUGCUGCAGCUGCUACUAGGAAUCUGAGCAGAUGGAAGCCUCAGGGUACACCAUGAAUCACAGCACAGCAGACCUUACACCCUGCCAGCUCUCUGAAAGGGUUCUUUGGAAUGCUUCUCUCUCUCCAGUGUAGGUCGGACUCCUUGCUGAAUGUGGUCCCGCCAUCUCCUUGGGCAGAAAAUGACUGCAUGGAAACGCUCCCCCAUCCUCCGCUUCGCUCUCUGCUACCCAGUCCCUGAUGAAUGUGAUCCCACCAUCUCCCAGCACGGCAACUAGCUGUGUGGAAAUGCUCACCCCAUCUUCCCUCUGCUACCCACUCCCUGCUGCCAAAGCAGUUUCCUUGAUCAUAAUCACUGUUUUAAAUUUUGUUUUCGUCUCGGAGUUUUAGAGAUUUUCACUUCCACCUCAUUGCGGAAGUAUAUCUCCAGGCUUGCUCAGAUCCUGCCGGGAGCCCAAUGCCCAGAAACACCAGCUAAGAUUGUGUCCGAUUGGAAUGGCGUAACAAUCCUACCGGGGAACUGACCGGAGUUCUUCUCACUCUCAGUACUGUGAGGUUUGUUAAUGUGGCUGGGGUUUAACAUCUCUCUGAAGAACAGCCCUCAGUACAUACUGUCCCUUCUUCACAGGAGAACAGUUACGGUGCCAAGGGUUAAUCAGGAAUGUUUCUCUAGCACAAACAGGAGUCAGACUUUCAGCUACACAAUAAAAGGAAUGAGUAAAGUUG